AAGCUCAAAUUAUGAAUCUAGACAUUGUUAAACGUAGCAUUCUAAAAUGAAGAUUUACGCUUUCAUAAGCUUUUUAUUAGCCUUAUUGGCAUUGGCAGUUGCCACUCCAAAUCCUCAACCGAAUCCUGAACCUAUGCCUGGCGGUGGUGGUGGCGGCGGCGGUGGCGGUGGCAAAUUGUGGGGAGGUGGCGGUGGUGGUGGAGGUGGUGGUGGAAAAUAAAUGCUACCUAGCUUUAAAUUGAU